AUGAAUACAAAAGAGAUUAAUACAGACAGUGAUCGCGUUUUGUUUUCGUUUUAUUCUCUCUCUCUCUCUCUCUCUCUCUCUCUCUCUCUCUCUCUCUCUCUCUGCUCGCUCGCUCUAUUUCGGAUAUCUAACGCGGGAAGUUCUUCCUAUAUCGAACGUUCUCUGUACUUAAAAAUGAACUUCCCUCCACAGUUCUCCAAUGAUCGGAGAAAUCGAACAGACGCACUGAGUGUCAUUAACUAUCUCUCCUCCCCCUCGCUUUCUCUCUCUCUCUCUCUCUCUCUCUCUCUCUCUCUCUCUCUCUCUCUGCUUCUCUCUAUCUCUCUCUCUCUCUUUCUCCCUCUCUCUGUUGCCCCUCUUUCUCUUUGUGAUAAUUCUUCAAGCCUAUGGUCAAAAUUGUCAAGUAGAUUCUCUCUAACUCUCUCUUUCUCUCUCUCUCUCUCUCUCUCUCUUUCUAUGUAG